GAAAGUACUGACCGUGACUAGGAGAACUACUGUUUUUUGGAUGCUGGCAACUACUCCAAGCGUUCUGGACUCAGGCGUCCUAACUAGAGAUGCAUCGGGACCGUUCCAUCGGUCCCGGCUAGUGAUGGGAAAAUGUGAAUUUUUCGAAAUCAUGCAUAUGAAUGCCGGUCUCAGACCGGCUUAG